GGGUAAUAAAAUAAUGGAAAGAAAAGAGGAAAACCAAUGUCAGCAUCAAAAAAGCGUCCUUGCCUUUCCACUUACUUCUGUUAAUAGCACACUUUUGACCUCUUCCAAUUAACAUAUUCUCACUAAAAUUCACUAACCGAAUUCUUAUUUCUGAAACAUUUGUUCAUACGGAACAUGGAUUUUAAGCUUAACCAUCUACUUUUCCACCUUCCAUGCGCGUUCUCUGUGUCUAAGAUAUUUGGGUUUAGGUUUUUGUUUAUAACCCAACAGGCCCAGAAAAGCAUACAGGACUGUUCUGGCAUUUUCUCUGUUGAAGAAACAAUCCAAUUUGAGUGGAUUACUGGGUUUUCGAGCUUGCUUUGGUGCCUGUGAGUACGGUUUAAGGUUUAAGAAGACAUGUUGAUAGGGGUUGAGGAAAGCUGAAUUGCGAGUUGCAAUGGUUUGUGGUUGCUUCGGCGGUGUGUUCAAUAGGAGUAAAGAAGGGAAUGCUUCCGGGUCGUCCGUCCAGGCACAAGGGAUUACCACCAGCAAUGUAAGGCUCUUUUCUUAUAAUUCAUUGAGAUCAGCUACUAGGAAUUUUCAUCCAUCAAGCAGGAUAGGAGGAGGAGGUUAUGGAGUUGUCUAUAGGGGAGUUCUAAGAGACGGUACCCAAGUUGCGAUCAAGUGUCUUUCUGCAGAAUCUAAACAAGGAGCAAAUGAAUUUUUGACAGAGAUUAACGUGAUAUCAAGUAUGCGACAUCCAAACCUUGUUGAGCUCAUUGGUUGCUGCGUGGAGGACAAUCAUCGAAUAUUGGUAUAUGAAUAUCUGGAGAACAACAGUCUUGCAAGUUCUUUGCUUGGUUCAAGAAGUAAAUAUGUUUUUCUAGAUUGGCCAAAGAGAGCUGCGAUUUGCCUUGGUACAGCUACUGGUCUUGCAUUUCUUCAUGAGGAAGCUGAGCAACAUAUUGUCCAUAGAGAUAUCAAGGCUAGCAAUAUACUUCUUGAUGCAAAUUUCCAUCCUAAAAUUGGAGAUUUUGGGCUGGCAAAACUUUUUCCAGAUAACGUCACUCAUCUUAGUACUAGAGUGGCGGGAACAGAGGGAUAUCUGGCCCCAGAAUAUGCACUUUUGGGACAGCUUACAAAGAAAGCAGAUGUGUACAGUUUCGGGGUGGUCUUGCUUGAGAUAAUCAGUGGCAGAAGUAGUAGCAAGGCAGCCUUUGGGGAGCAACUGCAGGUUCUGGUCGAAUGGACAUGGAAACUAAGAGAAGAAAAAAGGCUGCUGGAAAUUGUUGAUCCAGAAUUGACUGCAUAUUCAGAGGCUGAGGUCAUGCGGUUCAUUAAGGUUGCCCUGUUCUGUACUCAAGGAGCCGCGCAACAAAGACCAACAAUGAAGCAAGUGGUGGAAAUGCUUUCCAAAGAGGUCCACAUAAAUGAGAAUGCCCUACUAGAGCCCCCAAAGCCAAGGGAGCAGGCAUCCCGGAAGUUCGGCGGUCCCAGUUCGUCGGGUACAUCAUCGUCUCAUUCAGGGAAACGCAAGCAAUCAUCGGCGAAUCCCGACAUAACUUCCACCCGCUCAUUGAUCUACGACGACACCGAAACACAAAUGCUUCCUAGAUGAUCAUUUCCAGGGUUUCAUAAUUAUUUGCUCGAAGCCUGCAAAAUUUGCAGCUUCUUGGCAUCAAACAAAGGUUGUAGUACGCAAAGUGGUUGUUGAUUUAUUAAGUGAAAAUAAAAUGCAUAGUAAUUUGAAAGAAA